CAAUGGUUACGUUUAGCCGAUUAGCAUGACUGCCUCUUCCAAUGGCUCAUGGAAAUACCAUAUCUCCAUCUAUCUCCGCGUGCUCACCAAACAAAUAUACGCCUUUCACAUCGGUCUCAAUUUUAUACCUCUGGUCACGUGGUUCCAAGUUCAAUCCUUUACUCGGAAUCAAAGCGGCAGGCGGCGGCUCUACGCGGAGAAUUUCACCGGCGAAGAUUAUUUUUACACAGCGCAACCCAAGUCAAGAAGGAGAAGAAGCCACCCAAAAUUGGGGCAAGGACCCAAGAAAGAGCCGAUCUAGGUUUGCAAUAUCUGGAAAUGGGAACUAAUGGACUUCUUGAUUGUCAGCAACAAGAUUUACUUUCCUCCUCAUAUGAAGCUGCCAUGGAGGCCCUUUCCUCUCUAAUCACUAAACGGAAACGUGGAAAUGGAUCAAAAAGGACUGAAAAAUUUGAUCAGAUGUUUGGGUAUCUUCAGGCUUUAGGUUUGGACCAACAUAUAGCUAGUCUUAAGAUUAUCCAUAUUGCUGGAACAAAGGGGAAGGGUUCAACGUGCACAUUUUCUGAAGCUAUUUUGAGGGAAUGUGGCCUACAAACUGGUCUUUUCACAUCUCCGCAUCUGAUGGAUGUAAGGGAAAGAUACCGAAUUAAUGGGUCUGAUAUCUCAAGAAAAAAAUUUCUUUUGCAUUUCUGGGAAUGCUGGCACCAAUUAAAGGCAAAAUCUGUAAACGAUCUGCCAAUGCCUACGCUGUUUCAGUUCCUUACUCUCUUGGCACUUAAGAUAUUCUUAUCUGAAAAGGUUGAUGUUGCAAUUCUUGAAGUUGGGCUAGGUGGGAGGUUUGACUCAACUAAUGUGGUUAAAGAGCCUGUUGUUACUGGCAUUACCUCACUGGGGAUGGAUCAUAUGGAGAUCUUAGGAGAUACUAUUGAAAAAAUUUCUUUCGAGAAGGCUGGGAUUUUCAAGCCCCAUGUACCUGCAUUCACAGUGCCCCAAUGUUCUGAAGCAAUGUCAGUUCUCUGUGACAGAGCCUCUAAAUUAAUGAUUCCAUUAGAAGUGGCACCACCACUUGGCUCAAAAGCAUUAAAAGGGCUCCAUCUUGGAUUGGCUGGGGAUCACCAGUUCAUCAAUGCGGGUCUUGCAGUGGCUCUUUGUAGGUGUUGGCUAAGAAGAACUGGUCGUCUUGAUUCCUUUCCAAAUGAAAACUGGGAUUCAACUUUGCCAGAACCAUUUCUAAGAGGCCUUUCCACCGCCCAUCUUUCUGGACGAGCUCAAAUUUUCCAUGACGAACUUGAUUAUUGUUCGGAGAGGCCUGAAAAUAAAAAUCAUUCUGGCGAUCUGAUCUUUUACUUAGAUGGUGCUCAUAGUCCAGAAAGCAUGGAAGUUUGUGCAAGAUGGUUUUCCAAUGUUACAAGAGAUGUCCAUUCUUCUCAUGAGAAUGGCUAUAUUGAGAAAGCUGAUUUCCAUAAGAACUUGAAAAAUGAGAAUUGUCACAAUGUAGCGGACAAAGUCUCAAGGAAGAUUCUUUUGUUCAACUGCAUGGAAGUAAGAGAUCCCCACCUGCUAUUUCCUCAGUUGAUCAAUACUUGUGCUUCAAAUGGUGUGCAAUUCGCCAAAGCUCUUUUUGUGCCUAGCAUGUCAACAUAUCACAAGAUUGACUCUGGUGCAUCGGCAAUUUCAUCUGAUAUUUCUCAGGAUGUUUCAUGGCAGACUAAUCUUCAAAGAGUUUGGGAAAAACUAAUCCAUGGAAAAAAAGAUGCUACUAUCGACAACUGUUUAAACUCGGAGAAAUUGACGAGUCUGUCUUCUGCGGGAUUAUUUUCUGAAGAUUCUUUGCAGAGGCGUGAUCAAGCAGAAAAUAAGUUCCCUAACAGUGCAGUCAUUCCAUCAUUGCCUUUGACAGUAAAGUUGUUGAGGGAUUGUGUGAGAGAAAACCCCACUCUUCGACUUCAGGUUCUGGUGACUGGAUCCUUGCAUUUAGUUGGCGAUGUCUUGAGGCUCCUGAAGAGAUGAUUGGAAUGAGAGUCCCAAAGCUAUCCCUUAUGAACUCUCGUGUAAGUUUCUCACUCGCCAAAAUUCUCUGUAUCACGAAUUCUGUAAUUUGUACAUCAUGGAAGGUUUAUUCGUAAUUAAUUACUUGUUUCAUUAAAUCAAAUGAUUUAUUCAUCUUAUUUUUUUAAUAAUGUAUAACUCAUUUAUUUAGAGGGAUCAGAGGAUGCCCAAACUGCUACUCAAUAUGUCCUUAUUGUUGUUGUAUUAAGCGGAUCCGUCGCUGAAAAUGAAAUUUUGCUUUC